AUGAUGAUGAAGCUGAUGAGGGCUCAGAGAAAAGCUUUUUUAGAGUCGAUUCUGGUGAGCCCUUUUCUCUCCUUCAAUUGUAACCCACAUGUUUUCUCUUUAGAGUAUCACAUUGCUCCAGAGAGAGUACAUCUGUAUGCAAGUUUGAAAUUCGGGUUCCUCAAUCACAUUCAUGCUUCGGAUGAUUCCAUUAAUUUGUACCAACAUAUGGUCCGGAUGAGUCCACCGCCCAACGAGGUUGCAUUCGCUCCAUUUCUUAUCCGCGUGGUUAAUUGUUGCUAUUCCCUUGCAAUUUCGCUCUACCACGAAAUGAGUGCUUCAGGAUUUUCAGUAAACGGUCAUAUGCUCUACACUCUGAUUAAUUGUUACUGUUUGGUGAAUAAGGUUGAUUUUGGGUUCUCUAUAUUGGGCAGGUUUUUUAAGCAUGGUUUUGUGCCUAAUGUGUGUACAUUUAGUACUCUACUCAAAGGCCUCUUUAAUGAACAAAAGAUUUCCCAAGCUCAAGAAUUGUUUAGGAAGAUCAUUCGUGGAAACUUAUGUGUUCCCAAUGUUACUAUGUGCGGGGGCAUGAUAGACGGGCUCUUUAAGGUUGGGAAUACUACUGUGGCCCUUGAAUUUCUUAGAGAUAUGGAAAGAACAAGAGUUGAGCAGAAUGUCAUAGUUUACUGUGCUCUCAUUGAUGGUCUGUGCAAGGAUAAUCGGAUGGAUGAAGCAGUUUCUCUUUUACGUGAGAUGAUUGGGAAGGGCAUUGCCCCAAAUGUUGUUACUUGUAAUUGUUUGAUAAAGGGUUUGAGUAAUAUAGGUAAGUUGGAUGAGGCUAUAAAUCUCGUCAAGGAUAUGGUGGACUUGGGAAUUUCUCCUAAUAUAUUUACUUUUAAUGUACUGAUUGAUGCAUUGUGUAGGAAGGUAAUGGAAGAUGCCAACGGUGUACUCAUUACAAUGGCUCAACAUGGCCAGAACCCUGAUGUGUGCACUUACAAUGCGUUGAUGGAUGGAUGUUGUUUGAAAGGGAAAACAAAAAAGGCAAGGGAAUUUUUUGAUACCAUGGUUGGCAGUGGCCUUGUUCCAGAUUUGUGCAGUUAUGGUAUCUUGAUUAAAGUUUAUUUCAAGAGAUCUGAAGUUGAUCAAGCAAUGCAUCUCUUUCGGGAAGUUCCCCGUAGAGGAUUAAUCCCAUAUGUUGGCUUAUACAAUACCAUUUUGCAGGGAUUGUUUAGGACGGGAAGGCUUGAUAAUGCAAGAUGUCUUUUUCAUAGUCUCUCCUCAAAAGGACUGAGUCCUAAUGUCAAAACAAAUACCACAAUGAUUAAUAGCCUUUGUGGUGGAGGUUUGGUAAAGGAGGCUAAAGAUGUUUUUAGGCAAAUGGAAGAUAAUGGUGUCUUGGCAAAUGAAAUCACAUACAAUACAAUUAUUUGGGGACUUCUUAACGUAGGAGAAUAUGAGGAUGCAGUGAUGUAUGUCAAAGACACGGUUCAAAGAGACUUUCAAGUAGAUUCAUCAACUUUUGCACUUUUACUUGACUUGUCCUCUUCCAAGGAAAACUGUGCUGUGCUCACAAAGAUAAUUGAGGAUCUUGUCCCCCACAGCAAGAAGUCUCAGUCUUAA